GCUGUUAUCUGGGUUUCGUCUCCGUCUCUCUUCUUCUCUGCUUCGAUCUGUUUUUUCUUCUUUAAUAAACUGAAAUUUCGUAAAAAUUAGGGUUUUUGAUUUGUGAUACGAUGAAAGCUUCGAUUGGGAUGUUGAGGAGAUUAACAUCGCAUAAAGUCGACGCGAAGGAGAGAGGAGAGCUCGUUGCCACGUCACAGAUUGACGAACUCGAUCGAGCCGGGAAGGAUAUGCAAGAUAUGAGAGAGUGUUAUGAUAGACUACUUGCUGCAGCUGCUGCCACGGCGAAUAGUGCUUAUGAGUUCUCUGAGUCGUUGGGAGAGAUGGGUUCUUGUUUGGAGCAGAUAGCGCCUCAUAACGAUGAUGAAAGCAGUAGGGUUUUGUUUAUGUGCAGUAAAGCUCAGUUUGAGCUUCAGAAACUUCUUGACACUUAUCGUAGUCAUAUAUUCAAGACGAUUACGUUGCCAUCAGAAUCGCUUCUCAAGGACCUCAGAACUGUUGAGGAUAUGAAGCAACAAUGUGACGAGAAAAGAAAUGUGUUUGAGAUGUCGCUUGCGAAAGAUAAAGGAAGGCCUAAAAGCAGUAAAGGAGAGAGACAUAUUCGUCAUGAAUCUCGACCUGCUUACAAUGAGUUUCAUGAAGAAGCAACAAUGUGCAUUUUUCGAUUGAAAUCUCUUAAGGAAGGACAAGCUCGUAGUCUCCUGACACAAGCAGUCCGUCACCACACUGCUCAGAUGCGUCUGUUUAACACUGGAAUGAAAUCGCUUGAGGCAGUUGAGCGUCAUGUAAGAGUUGCUUCAGAGAAACAACACAUCGACUGUGAUCUCUCUGUUCAUGAGAAUGAAGUGGAAGCUAGUGAUGAUGAUGAUGAUGAUGGCCAACACAAUAACAGAGAAGGAGAACUCAGUCAGCAGAGGGUAGAAGCUGCUUUUCUCUCAACCCGUGAUCACAGAGUGACUAGCCAUUCAGCUCCGUUGUUCCCGGAGAAGAAACCUGAUAUAUCAGAAAGGCUGAGACAGGCGAAUCCAUCUUCCAAUGCUUACGUAUUACCGACACCAAGCGAUUUAAGGCACUCAAAACAAGCUUUAAACCCGAAGCCAGCAAACCAAAGCGCCGGAAACAUAUCGUAUUCAUCUCCUUUAGAGCCGAUAAAAAGUGUAAAAGACGCAGAAAACAACAGCCUCUACGCUCGUCUCCCUCGCCCUUCUGCAGCAGACACUCAGCAACAUAAUCAACAUCAAGCAGCAGUAAGACAUGCAUUUUCUGGACCGAUCAAACCCUCCUCAUCAAAACCCGCCACCACCGACGUUUCCUCAGGCGCGUUUCGUCCUCUACCGACUCCUCCUCCAUUACCCCAGCAUCACCUUCAUUCAUCAGUCUCCCCUACCGCUUCACCACCUCCUGCUUCUUCAUCCCCGAGGCCUAACGAGCUUCACGAGCUUCCAAGACCACCAGGCCACUUUGCACCACCUCCAAGACGAGCCAAAUCCCCUAGUCUCGUUGGUCACUCGGCGCCUCUAACCGGAUGGAAUCAAGAAAGACACAGCACUGUUACCUUUGCUCCUCCGUCCACCACCAACAUUGUGGCAUCGCCACUUCCGGUUCCUCCAUUGGUUGUUCCUCGAAGCUACUCUAUACCUUCAAGAAACCAUAUAACCGUUGCUCAAAGAGCUGUCGAAAGUAACGAUGAUAGAGUAGAGUCCCCACCGUUAACACCAUUGAGCCUCUCUCGGCCACUCGGGUCCAGUAGAGUUGCUCAGACCAAUCAAAUCAGAGGAGUAGUAGAGCUGAUCGAACGAUGAAGCUGUGCGUUUGACCAAAACGCUGGUUGUAGAGAGUCAUAGAUCGCCAAAAAAGUGAAUACAGUAGUCAGUACAUGCAGUACUCUUUAGUUGGUUACUCUCUUUUUUUUUUCAUUGUAAAUCUGAAGAAUUUAUCCCUGCUUUCAUUUCUAAUCCCUUCAAUUAUUCUCUCAAAUACCCAUAAAGGGUAACUGGCAACAAUAAUCAUAAAAAUUAUAAUUAAGAGACUAACCUUGAAAACCUAAUGGCUACAGUAUGGUGUUGUGCAUGUAUGUAUUAGUUUCUUUUUCUUUUUCCUUUCAUCUUCCCUUUUAGAGUCAAUAUGGCCAGUUUUCCUUUCACUUCCAUCUCCAUGGUUUCUUGAAGAAACUUUGUAGUUUGCGCUAAAGAUGGUGUGGUCCAGAGCUUGCCAAAUCUGUAUGUUUUGCAUAAGUUAGGUGUUUCUUUUACACGAUGUGCUUAGAAUUCGUCCACCUUUUCUCCUGUAUGUUCCCUUUUGAUUUUGUGAGUACUUGAACAGAGCUGUUAUAAGACACGAGAUCUCCAUAUGGAUCGAUGUUCCUAUGGAUAUUGCAGCUAAAAGAGAUGGUCCAUUCAGCUCAGAACCUUC